CUCAAUUUUUUUCUUUUCCACUUUUUUUUUUUUUUCUAGCUUCGGUUCUGAAUUGUCAGCUUCGCGCUCUUGUUGUCUACAGGGUCUCAAAAACCCUAAUUUCUCUUCGCACAGACCACAGUGCCCAAGCUCAGAAAGACACCAAUGGAAGUUUCUCUAGGGCAAAAGCAGAAGCAACAUGAGUUCGCGUUGGUUUCCAUGUCUCAGCUCACCUCCUCCUCAUCUUCUUCUCCUUGUUCGCCAGCAAUCGCUCGUUUCGGCAUCGAUUCCGGAACUGCUCAGCUUCAGUUCCUCCACGAACCAGAAUCUACCGAGGUUAUCAACGUCGACAUUGGUACCACCCAGCAAUGACGUUAAUGUAUACAUUACGACUUGGUCCGUUGUUUUUCAGCUUUUCAAGUUAGGCCCCGUCGAGUCAGUAUGUAUAACCGUAGAUUCCGAAACCAGCAGUAAGAAGGAGUUUUGUGAUUGGAAUUUCAGUGAAGUGCUUUCUGACGUCUGUCUUACAACAUCUUUCCUUUUGAGUCAGAAGUCUUACUCAAGGGGAAUUACCAUUCGAUUUAGAACAGAAGAUGAAAGCAAAGCUUUUCAUUGUGCAUUUGAGCAAUGGAAGAAUGAAGUUAUUGGUGGAAGUGCUGGAGAAUGCUUAGAAAAUGGAAGUCUCUUAACUUCUAGAAGCAAGUUUGAUAAUAAAAUAGAGGCAGCUUCUGCUAAAAUGUACUUCCAUUACUAUGGACAACUUCUGCAUCAGCAAAAUAUGUUACAGGAUUAUGUGAGGACAGGAACAUAUUGUGCUGCAGUCAUUGAGAACCGUGCAGACUUUAUUGGUCGGGUUGUAGUUGAUGUAGGUGCUGGUAGUGGUAUUCUGUCACUAUUUGCUGCUCAGGCUGGCGCAAAACAUGUUUAUGCUGUGGAAGCAUCUGAAAUGGCAGAGUAUGCACGCAGACUUAUUGCAGGGAAUCCAUCUCUGGCUCAGCGAAUUACGGUGGUCAAAGGUAAAGUUGAAGAAGUUGAGUUGCCUGAGAAAGCAGACAUUUUGAUCUCUGAGCCAAUGGGUACCCUAUUGGUUAAUGAGAGAAUGCUGGAAUCCUAUGUGAUUGCAAGAGAUAGAUUCCUUGUCCCCAAGGGGAAAAUGUUUCCAACAAUGGGAAGGAUACACAUGGCACCAUUCAGUGAUGAAUACUUGUAUGUUGAAGUUGCAAACAAGGCUCUCUUUUGGCAGCAACAUAAUUACUAUGGUGUUGACCUCACUCCCUUAUAUGGACCUGCAUUUCAGGGUUAUUUCUCUCAGCCUGUGGUGGAUGCGUUUGAUCCAAGGUUAUUGGUAGCACCAGCCACCUUCCACACAAUAGACUUCACUUCGAUUAAGGAAGAAGAUCUAUAUGAAAUUGAUAUCCCACUUAGUUUUAUUGCCUCUGUGGGCACUAGAGUGCAUGGGCUGGCAUGCUGGUUUGAUGUUUUGUUCAAUGGGAGUACGGUACAGAGGUGGCUAACCACCGCUCCUGGUGCACCUACAACUCAUUGGUAUCAACUACGUUGUGUUCUCUCUCAGCCUAUGUAUGUCAUGGCUGGCCAAGAAAUUACAGGACGACUCCACAUGGUUGCCCACAAUGCUCAGAGUUAUACAAUGUAUCUAACUAUGUCAGCUAAAAUGUGGGGAGCUGGUGCUGAACAAGGGGGAAUUCUACAGACUUCAUCAUGCAAACUUGAUCUCAAAGAGCCAUACUAUCGUAUGUCCCAACCACAGGCAUAUGCAUGGUCCCAAGAUCAGCAGCCACAUCAAUUAGUACAUGCACAGGAUAUACCCAUUCAAUCUCAGGAUGUGGUCGGACCUGGCUUAACACCACCAUCCCAGAAUUCAGCAGCUCCACUGAAUCGAUGACGAAAGUUCUCUUUUUACCAGGGAGAAGGGGUUGCGGUUGAGCCCAGUUAGGCAAUCAUGUUUGUAACAUAUACGUGCUUUUCACCUUCGAGAUUGCGGGGGUAUCAAAUCAAGCCCUCGUCUAGUUACAGGCUUACAGCCCGAAACAGUGCAUGCAUUGCAUUUGUAAAUUAUACAAAUCUUUUUGUACGGUGGUUGGAUUGGAUGCUCAGUGGUUCUAUUCAAUGUCGUCAUAAUUAAACUUAAGCCAAACGAUUUAUCAGAUUUCUAUCAACUUUCUCCGUUUCUUAGAUUUUAUUAUGUAAUGGAAUUGGCAAAAUUGUUCGCUCA